CCGGCCUCACCCUUCUAGGGAUGGAGCAGAGGAGGUUCCAUCUGCGGGCCAUGCAGGCUGACAACCUGCCUGUGGUACUGCUCUCAGUGGCCUGGCUCCUGCUAGCUCGCGGGACCACGGGUAUGCCUCAGUUCAGCACUUUCCACUCUGAGAAUCGUGACUGGACUUUCAACCAUUUGACUGUACACCGAAGAACAGGGGCCGUGUAUGUAGGGGCCAUCAACCGUGUCUACAAGUUGACCGGCAACCUCACCAUCCAGGUGGCUCACAAGACAGGGCCAGAAGAAGACAACAAGGCUUGCUACCCACCCCUCAUUGUCCAGCCCUGCAGUGAAGUGCUCACACUCACCAACAACGUCAACAAACUGCUGAUCAUCGACUACUCAGAGAAUCGCCUGCUGGCCUGUGGAAGCCUUUACCAGGGUGUUUGCAAGCUCCUGCGGCUUGAUGACCUCUUUAUCCUGGUGGAGCCAUCCCACAAAAAGGAGCACUACCUGUCCAGCGUCAAUAAGACAGGCACCAUGUAUGGCGUUAUUGUGCGCUCUGAGGGGGAAGAUGGCAAGCUUUUUAUUGGUACGGCUGUGGAUGGCAAGCAGGAUUACUUCCCUACCCUGUCCAGCCGCAAGCUGCCCCGUGACCCUGAGUCUUCAGCAAUGCUGGACUAUGAGCUUCACAGCGAUUUUGUCUCCUCCCUCAUCAAGAUCCCCUCUGACACCCUAGCCCUGGUCUCCCACUUUGACAUCUUCUACAUCUAUGGCUUCGCCAGUGGGGGGUUUGUCUACUUCCUCACUGUCCAGCCAGAGACCCCCGAGGGCAUGGCCAUCAAUUCAGCUGGAGAUCUAUUCUAUACCUCAAGAAUCGUGCGUCUCUGCAAGGAUGACCCCAAGUUCCACUCCUAUGUGUCCCUGCCCUUUGGCUGUACCCGUGCUGGGGUGGAAUACCGCCUUCUGCAAGCAGCUUACCUCGCAAAGCCAGGGGAAGCUCUAGCUCAGGCAUUCAACAUCAGCAGUGACGAAGACGUGCUGUUUGCCAUCUUCUCCAAGGGGCAGAAGCAGUACCACCACCCUCCUGAUGACUCUGCCCUCUGUGCCUUCCCCAUCCGGGCCAUCAACUUGCAAAUUAAGGAGAGGUUGCAGUCCUGCUACCAAGGAGAGGGCAACUUGGAGCUCAACUGGCUUCUGGGAAAGGAUGUGCAGUGCACCAAGGCGCCAGUCCCCAUCGAUGAUAAUUUCUGUGGCCUGGACAUCAACCAGCCUCUGGGAGGCUCCACUCCUGUGGAGGGACUGACCCUGUACACCACCAGCAGGGACCGCCUGACCUCUGUGGCCUCCUAUGUUUACAAUGGCUACAGUGUGGUUUUCGUGGGGACUAAGAGUGGCAAACUAAAGAAGAUUCGAGCUGAUGGUCCCCCCCAUGGUGGGGUCCAGUAUGAGAUGGUCUCUGUGUUCAAAGAUGGGAGCCCCAUCCUCCGGGACAUGGCCUUCUCCAUCAAUCAGCUGUACCUGUAUGUCAUGUCUGAGAGACAGGUCACCAGGGUCCCUGUUGAAUCAUGUGAACAGUAUACAACUUGCGGAGAGUGUCUAAGCUCAGGGGAUCCUCACUGUGGCUGGUGUGCCCUGCACAACAUGUGCUCCCGAAGGGACAAAUGCCAACGGGCCUGGGAAGCAAAUCGAUUCGCUGCCAGUAUCACCCAGUGCAUGAGCCUUGAGGUGCACCCCAACAGUAUCUCUGUGUCAGAUCACAGCCGGCUGCUCAGCCUGGUUGUGAAUGAUGCUCCCAACCUCUCGGAGGGUAUCGCCUGUGCCUUUGGGAACCUGACUGAGGUGGAGGGGCAGGUGUCUGGGAGUCAAGUCAUCUGCAUCUCACCUGGACCCAAGGAUGUCCCUGUCAUUCCUCUGGAUCAAGACUGGUUUGGCCUAGAGCUGCAGCUGAGAUCCAAAGAGACAGGAAAGAUCUUUGUCAGCACUGAAUUCAAGUUCUACAACUGCAGCGCCCACCAACUGUGCCUGUCUUGUGUUAACAGCGCCUUCCGCUGCCAUUGGUGCAAGUACCGUAACCUCUGCACACAUGACCCCACCACAUGUUCGUUCCAGGAGGGCAGGAUCAAUGUUUCAGAGGACUGUCCACAGCUCGUGCCCACGGAGGAGAUUCUGAUCCCAGUUGGGGAAGUGAAACCAAUCACCCUUAAGGCUCGAAACCUGCCCCAACCCCAGUCUGGCCAGCGAGGCUACGAGUGUGUGCUGAGCAUUCAAGGGGCUGUCCACCGGGUCCCUGCCCUGCGUUUCAACAGUUCCAGCGUGCAGUGCCAAAACAGCUCGUACCAGUAUGAUGGCAUGGACAUCAGCAACCUAGCAGUGGACUUUGCUGUGGUGUGGAACGGCAACUUCAUCAUUGACAACCCUCAGGACCUGAAAGUUCAUCUCUACAAGUGUGCAGCCCAACGGGAAAGCUGUGGUCUCUGCCUCAAGGCUGACCACAAGUUCGAGUGUGGCUGGUGCAGUGGUGAGCGCAGAUGUACCCUCCACCAACACUGCCCCAGUACUUCUAGCCCCUGGCUCGACUGGUCCAGCCACAAUGUCAAGUGCUCCAACCCCCAAAUCACAGAGAUUUUGACAGUAUCAGGACCACCUGAAGGGGGGACUCGUGUGACCAUCCAUGGCGUGAACCUGGGCUUGGACUUCUCCGAGAUCGCUCACCAUGUCCAGGUGGCUGGAGUGCCCUGCACACCUAUCCCAGGGGAAUACAUCAUCGCUGAGCAGAUCGUCUGUGAGAUGGGCCAUGCCCUUAUAGGUACCACAUCUGGGCCCGUGCGCCUGUGCAUUGGGGAAUGCAAGCCAGAGUUCAUGACCAAGUCCCACCAGCAGUAUACUUUUGUGAAUCCUUCUGUGCUGUCACUCAGCCCGAUCCGGGGACCAGAGUCAGGAGGUACCAUGGUGACCAUCACAGGCCAUUACCUGGGUGCUGGGAGCAGCGUGGCAGUGUACCUGGGCAAUCAGACCUGCGAAUUCUAUGGGAGGUCAAUGAAUGAGAUUGUAUGUGUUUCACCCCCAUCCUCCAAUGGACUAGGACCAGUCCCUGUCUCCGUGAGUGUCGACAGAGCCCGGGUAGAUAGCAGUCUGCAGUUCGAGUAUAUAGAUGACCCACGAGUCCAACGUAUCGAGCCAGAGUGGAGCAUCACUAGUGGGCACACACCCCUAACCAUCACGGGCUUCAACUUGGAUGUCAUUCAGGAGCCAAGGGUCCGAGUCAAGUUUAAUGGCAAAGAAUCUGUCAAUGUAUGCACAGUGGUAAACACCACCACCCUCACCUGUCUGGCACCCUCUCUGACCAGUGACUACCGUCCAGGUCUGGACACUGUGGAACGGCCAGAUGAGUUUGGAUUUCUCUUUAACAAUGUCCAGUCCUUACUCAUCUACAAUGACACCAAGUUCAUCUACUACCCCAACCCAACGUUUGAACUGCUCAGCCCCACUGGAAUCUUGGAUCAGAAGCCAGGUUCACCCAUCAUCCUGAAGGGCAAAAAUCUCUGUCCUCCUGCCUCUGGAGGGGCCAAACUCAACUACACAGUAAUGAUUGGAGAGACACCUUGCACAGUCACUGUGUCUGAGACACAGCUGCUCUGUGAACCUCCCAACCUCACAGGACAGCACAAGGUCAUGGUUCACGUGGGUGGGAUGGUGUUCUCGCCUGGCUCCGUGAGCGUCAUCUCCGACAGCCUGUUGACCCUGCCGGCCAUCAUCAGCAUCGCAGCUGGUGGAAGCCUCCUUCUUAUCAUCGUCAUCAUUGUCCUCAUCGCUUACAAGCGCAAGUCCCGGGAAAAUGACCUCACACUCAAGCGGCUCCAAAUGCAGAUGGACAACCUGGAGUCCAGGGUGGCACUGGAGUGCAAGGAAGCUUUUGCGGAGCUUCAGACAGACAUCAACGAGCUAACCAGUGACUUGGAUCGAUCAGGAAUCCCUUACCUGGACUACCGUACCUAUGCCAUGAGAGUCUUGUUCCCGGGCAUUGAGGACCACCCUGUUCUGCGGGAGCUGGAGGUACAGGGAAAUGGACAGCAGCAUGUGGAGAAAGCCCUGAAACUCUUCGCCCAGCUCAUCAACAACAAGGUGUUCUUGCUGACUUUCAUCCGCACCCUGGAGCUCCAGCGAAGCUUCUCCAUGCGAGACCGCGGGAAUGUGGCCUCUCUCAUCAUGACAGGCCUUCAGGGUCGCCUGGAAUACGCCACUGACGUCCUCAAGCAGCUGCUCUCUGACCUCAUUGACAAGAACCUGGAGAAUAAGAACCACCCCAAGCUGCUUCUCCGCAGGACUGAGUCUGUGGCCGAGAAGAUGCUGACCAACUGGUUUGCUUUCCUUUUACACAAGUUCCUGAAGGAGUGUGCUGGGGAACCACUCUUCAUGCUGUACUGUGCAAUCAAGCAGCAGAUGGAGAAAGGCCCCAUUGAUGCUAUCACUGGUGAGGCCCGAUACUCCCUGAGUGAAGACAAACUCAUCCGGCAGCAGAUCGAGUACAAGACUCUGAUCCUGAACUGCGUCAACCCUGAUAAUGAGAAUAGCCCCGAGAUCCCAGUGAAGGUACUCAACUGUGACACCAUCACUCAAGUCAAGGAGAAGAUCCUCGAUGCCGUGUAUAAGAAUGUUCCCUACUCCCAGCGACCAAGGGCUGUGGACAUGGACCUGGAGUGGCGUCAAGGCCGGAUUGCCAGAGUGGUGUUGCAGGAUGAGGACAUUACCACCAAGAUAGAGGGUGACUGGAAGCGGCUCAACACACUGAUGCAUUACCAGGUGUCAGACAGAUCCGUGGUGGCUUUGGUCCCUAAGCAGACCUCCUCCUACAACAUCCCUGCCUCUGCCAGCAUCUCUCGGACGUCCAUUAGCAGAUACGACUCUUCCUUCAGGUAUACAGGUAGCCCAGAUAGCCUCCGGUCCCGAGUCCCCAUGAUCACCCCAGACCUAGAGAGUGGUGUCAAGGUCUGGCAUCUGGUGAAGAACCAUGACCAUGGUGACCAGAAGGAGGGCGACCGGGGCAGCAAAAUGGUGUCUGAGAUCUACUUGACCCGACUUCUAGCCACCAAGGGCACCCUGCAGAAAUUUGUGGACGACUUGUUUGAGACCUUGUUCAGCACUGUGCAUCGGGGUAGUGCUCUCCCCCUAGCCAUCAAGUACAUGUUUGAUUUCCUGGAUGAGCAGGCAGACAGACACAGUAUCCAUGACACAGAUGUGCGGCACACCUGGAAAAGCAACUGCCUUCCACUUCGUUUCUGGGUGAAUGUCAUCAAGAACCCUCAAUUUGUAUUUGAUAUCCACAAAGGCAGCAUCACAGAUGCUUGCCUCUCUGUGGUAGCCCAGACCUUCAUGGACUCCUGCUCGACAUCAGAGCAUCGACUGGGCAAGGACUCACCUUCCAAUAAGUUGCUCUAUGCCAAGGAUAUCCCCAGUUACAAGAACUGGGUAGAAAGAUACUAUGCAGAUAUUGCAAAGCUCCCAGCCAUUAGUGACCAAGAUAUGAACGCCUACCUCGCGGAGCAGUCUCGUCUGCAUGCCACAGAGUUCAAUAUGCUGAGCGCCCUCAACGAGAUCUACUCCUAUGUCAGCAAGUACAGUGAGGAGCUCAUCGGGGCACUAGAGCAGGAUGAACAGGCCCGACGGCAACGACUGGCCUACAAGGUGGAGCACCUCAUCAGCGCCAUGUCCAUAGAGAGCUGAAAGGAAGACAUCCUGUUCCUGGAAGAAAGACUCAUACACGCUAUCACACUGGCAUCUCAAAAGGAAAGAUGGGAUGAGUGAAGGGUAUCAGGCCCCAGAGCUGGCUGUCCUCUAAAACCUCACUGAGAGAAGAAGGAAAGGCUCCACUGUAAUGGCAGCCAUAUUUCAUCACAGCCGGUUCCUUCCAGAAGGACAGUGAACACUACCCAUCACAGUGUGAGCUCAGGACACUACGGGCAAGGAGAAGGUGGCCCUUUAAGCUGAGAGGCUUGAGCCAAAUGGUUCUGCCUCUGUGACCGCUGCUUUGCAUGAAGACUCAUUUGAUGUAUAUUGGGAAAUAAUGAGAACUUUAUUUAAUUUUUUAAGAAAAAGGGAAAAAAUACAGAAAUAAAACAAGACAUAAAUCCUCCCUGUCCAUCCCGUCCAA